UAUAGCCCCCGAAAAAUACUAUACAAGAAGACGAUAGAGCCAGUAUUCUUCAUCAAAGCAUUGAUUGACAUUGAUUGAAGAGUUGAAUUGCUUGUUGUAUAUUCCCACAUCGUAGAUUGACUCGUCUUUAAAAAGUAUCAAAAGAAUGACAGGAAAAGCUUUGUUGGUAGCUAGCAGCCAUUAUGGACCCAUCUAUCCCGAUGGUAAAAACACUGGUGUGCAUUUCUCUGAACUUUUGACACCAUAUCAAAUUUUCCGUCAGGCUGGAUUGGAUGUCGAUAUCACAUCUGAAAAGGGUACUUGUAAAUUCGACGACGUUUCUGUCGAUGAAUCCCAAUUACCCGCUGAAAUCAAGAACGUCCUUCACGACAAGAGCAACGAAUUCUGGACCGCCAUUAACAAUAUGAAGCGUGCAGCUGACGUGGAUUACUCUCAAUACAAGAUUUUCUUCGUCGCUGGUGGUCACGCUGCUCUCUUUGACUUGCCAGGAGCCAUCGAUUUGCAAGCCAUUGCCGCCCAAAUUUACAAGAACGGUGGCAUUAUCUCUGCGGUCUGCCAUGGUCCAGUCAUUCUUCCUUUUAUUUCUGAUUUGACUCGUCCAAACGCUUCUUCGAUCGUUCAAGGUCGUAAGGUAACCGCCUUCAACAAGGCCGGAGAAGAAAGCAUGAAUGUGUUGGACAUUAUGAAGCAAAAGCAUCUACAAACUAUGAACGAUCUUUUCAAGGACGCUGGUGCUCAUUUCGUUGAUCCUCCUAAACCCACCGAUGACUUUGUUCAAAGCGAUUCUCGCAUCGUAACCGGUGUCAACCCUCAAAGCGCCGCUUCCACAGCCAAGGCUGCCCUUGAAGCCUCAAAGGCAUAAACAAAUAUGCGGGUUUUUUCUAAUGCGCAUUGAUUUGUUAUGCCGACGAUAUGUAAUGAUAUGACUUAGCAUAGACUUUUUCAAAAAUAAUGAUGUUUAACGACCGGUUUUUUUUUUAACUUCUUAACACACACACAUACA